AUGCGUGUUGUCAUGGUGACCAGCCCCUGUGCCCCUUCCCCCCUCCUCUGGUUGGUCCACCUUUUGUUGUGGUUCCACAACCAUGGACCUCAGCUGACAGAAGCAGCACCCCCCUGCCCUGUCCCCUGUAGCUGCUCCAAUCAGGCGAGCCGUGUCAUUUGCACGAGGAAGACUCUAGAUCAAGUCCCAGAAAGUAUUUCAGAAAACACAAGAUACCUCAAUCUACAAGAGAACACAAUUCAGGUGAUCAAGUCUGACACCUUUAAGCACUUGCGGCAUCUGGAAAUCCUCCAGCUCUCCAAGAACCACAUCCGGCAGAUCGAGGUGGGAGCGUUCAAUGGGCUGCCGAACCUCAACACGCUGGAGCUGUUUGACAACCGUCUCACCGUGGUACCGUCGCAGGCCUUUGAGUACCUCAGCAAGCUAAGGGAACUAUGGCUACGAAACAACCCUAUCGAGACGCUGCCGGCGUUCGCCUUUCACCGCGUUCCCUCUUUACGCCGUCUCGAUCUCGGGGAACUCAGGAAACUGGAUUUCAUCUCAGAGGCCGCCUUCGAGGGUCUGGUCAACUUGCGCUUCUUGAAUCUCGGCAUGUGCGGAUUGAAGGACAUCCCCAACCUCACUGCGCUCGUACGACUAGAGGAGUUGGAGUUGUCGGGGAACCAGUUGGGAAUAGUCCGGCCCGGGUCAUUCCAGGGCCUCGUGUCUCUCCGGAAGCUGUGGCUCAUGCACUCCAAGGUGUCGGUCAUUGAACGCAAUGCUUUUGAUGACCUAAAAAACUUGGAGGAGCUCAACCUUUCACACAAUUCACUUCAUUCACUGCCUCAUGACCUCUUUACCCCUUUGCAUCAGUUGGAAAGGGUGCAUCUUAACCACAACCCAUGGGUGUGCAACUGUGAUGUUCUGUGGCUCAGUUGGUGGCUUAAAGAAACAGUUCCUAGCAACACCACAUGCUGCGCCAGAUGCCAUGCGCCGCCGGGUCUGAAGGGCAAGUACAUCGGCGAACUGGAUCAGAGCCAUUUCACCUGUUAUGCCCCCGUCAUCGUGGAGCCACCUACCGAUCUCAACGUCACAGAGGGCAUGGCUGCUGAGCUCAAAUGCCGCACGGGAACGUCCAUGACCUCAGUGAACUGGUUCACUCCGAACGGCACUCUUAUGACCCACGGAUCUUAUCGCGUCAGGAUCUCAGUGCUCCAUGACGGAACGCUCAACUUCACCAACGUGACCGUGCAGGACACCGGGCAGUAUACUUGCAUGGUGACAAACUCUGCCGGUAACACCACCGCCACUGCUGUGCUCAAUGUAUCAGCUUCAGACCCCAGUAACAGCUACAGCUAUUUCACCACCGUCACUGUGGAGACGGUCGAAACGGUGGGAGGAGGGGACGAUAAGAACUCAGCAAGACAGUACAUCAAUGAGACCUUAAUAGAGUUCCCCAAUCCUACUGUUGAAAAAGAUGGCAUCACUAUGUCACCUUCUCUCUCUUCUCUUUCCUCACUGUCCCCACGAGCGAACAGAGCCACAGAGAAUGCAGUGACUGUAUCCAUCAUCGAUGUAACUAACAUUCCAGGCCUAGAUGAUGUCAUGAAAACAACUAAGAUUAUCAUUGGUUGCUUUGUGGCUAUUACUUUUAUGGCAGCCGUAAUGUUGGUGGUCUUUUACAAGCUCCGCAAACAACACCAGCUGCACAAGCACCACGGCCCGGCCAGAGCCAUUGAAAUCGUCAACGUGGAAGACGAGAUCGGAGCCGGUGCAGGGAGUGGUAUCUCAGGCGGCUCCACCAUAAAUACCAGCGGUGGCGGAGAAGGAACUUUAAGGAUACAUCAUCCCGAAAUAGUUAACCUUCCCAACAUUGGCCGUUCUGACACUUUGAACCACUACUACAAGACCCAUCAUUUCAACAACAAUGUAAUGGGUCUUAAUAUUGGACCGGACGGAAUGGGAUCAGGAGGUAUGCACAAGACCCAGCCAGGCCAGGAAAUCCCCAUAUCUUGUACCCCCGUUCCCAUCUCGACAUCCAAUCUGCUCGUCUCUUCGGGAAACGGCACCAACACCAACCCGAGUUCAAUGUCGCCUCCUCUGCCAAUGUCUCUCCCGAUGCCUACCAUGGGCCUACAUGGAUCUAUUAAAGGUUUCAUGGGCCAGAACCAGAACCCCCAAAUGGAGCCUCUUCUCUUCAAGGGGAACUCAAAGGAAAAUGUCCAGGAGACUCAGAUCUAA